AUGCAGAGCGGAGACGGACCAUCGAAUUCCUCAAGACAAACUAACUCGGGAAAAUAUCGGCAAUCUCGCAACAGAGGACGAGGGAGAUAUGCUGAUGGUGAUACGAAAAACAGGUUGCACGACUAUCUCAGAGAUUUGCAAUGGGGAAUGGCAAGCUCUUAUGAUGAAUGUAAUGAUGAAACUCAUACUGCACAAAGCAACGAAGAACCUACCACAUGGCAUAGACAUAUGUCGAGGAAAAACAAUGAAAGGCGAAACAUGGCGUCGACAGAUGAUCAGUGGAAACACAUGAUGCGUUAUCAUGGCGCUGGACCAGAUACAAAAUAUGAAGAAAGGAGUGCUAAUCAACGCAAAAAAGGGCAACAGCGCCGCAACAAUCUAGAUGGAUGUAACACUCUGUUAUACGAGUCGGCACUAGAGGAGUUUUUCCGAACCAACGAUAUAUACCAAGACGAUGAAAACUUGCUGCAACAGACAUUUGAAAGGCAGGAUCCCGAGACUUCAACCGAUGAUGGCAGCCCUAUGAUAUUAGAACAUGAAAUACAUUUUGCAGAAACCGUGGAUCAAAUACCUACAAAAUCGUGGCCUGGGCAACGAGAAUUUAUGCAAAAUGCGGCGAAAGGCGAAAAAGGGAGUGAUGAAAAAAACAGCAAACAGCCAAACCGAUAUUCAACUAAAAUUCCAAUGAAACAGUUCGAUACAGAACCCAUAUUCGAUGUAAAUUUUGAAUAUGAAGAACCAUAUGUGGAAGAAAAGGGGACAAAAGAUGAUGAAAAAUGUCGUGAUCUGGCAUCGUCACUCAGAACAAUCGCCAUGCAGAUUGAGUCCAUAGCCGGGAGCAGAGACGCUAUGCAACGUGAACGAGAUGAGAUAUGCAAAGCAAUGGGACGCCAAUUACAUUCAAAACACAGCGAAAUAAUGCAGCUUCGCAGCCAAAUUGCUGCUCAUGAUGUAGAAAAACACAGACUUAAAGGGAAAGUAGAGGCUCUAGAGGCAGAAAUGCGCCGUUUAAAGCUUACACGUAAAAGGACAUCGACACUAAAUGAAGGUGAAAAGGAACCAGUCGAAAUGGAGGGCGACGAUACAAAUGAGAUGGAAACAGUACCGCCGUUUAUCCUAGAGCACACUAAAUUGGACUCUAAAUUACGUUCACAUAUCAAGAAGCUACAGAUGAAUCUGUAUCUGAGUAACAAAUUGUCAGCGACGCCAACUUUUCAGGCAGAACUUUACAGAGACUUGCGAAAUACGCCAGAGAUAGUCAACUGUAGGGAAAUCUUUGAUUUCAUCAACGAAAGUAUACGGAACGAUGCCGAGCUUCUACACACAAGGAUUAGACAUUCAGCUUUGAUGCAUGGAGUAAAACGGAUGUUUGUAGAGGAUCAUCUUUCCCCAUUCACCAACCGUUACCCCUACCCACCAGAGUUCGAACAAAAGGUUAUAGAAGAAAUGGAAAAUAGCCACCCUAGUCGGAGGUUCAAUAUGGAUCCGUCCCAAAUGAACGACGUUCGUAGGGAAAAGGUAGGUUUAGUUCUAAACAGAAUUGUGCUGCGAAGCGUCUUCAAGUACAGUCAUAUCAACAAUCUGUACAAUUAUCUCUUCACAGCACUAUACUGUGAUAAUUUUAGGGUUGUUGAUAUUUUAAAAGACGCUAUUGUAAACAAGUUCUUGGACUUCCAAAUGGCACCAGAAUACAACAAACGUGUUAGUCAUCCAAUGAUGUGGGCAUUUGGAGAUGCUUGCAACGCAACACAGGCGUACCGCUAUAUGAAGAUGCUUGGAUUUGAUUUCGCAUCUUUCCCAAGCGAUCCACAUGACGGUGAAAACCUCUGGCACCGUGUUGUCAAGGGAGAUGCCGUGGCAGUAGCACAAGCACUGAAACCAUACACUAUCCAUACAGGUUACAUGAGCGUGGCCAACCAGAGAAAUGAAACGCCACUUGAUAUUUCAAACGGCAAACUGCGCAGAGAGCUACUCACCCUUGUUGUUGUAGAAAUAGCAUCAAAGGGAUCAGACAAAUACAGGGAUAACGAUUUCGAAGGGGCAUUAGAAUUGUACUCAGAAGCCAUAUCGAAACAGUUAGAGGCUAUGAGCAUCGAUACAAAGGAAGACAAUGUACAUCGGGAUGUUAAUUUGGGCAAGCUUUACUACAACAAGGCACGCAGCCUCAUGCAUUUGGAUAGGUGGACUGAAACGGUGGAGGCCUGCGAACUCUGUAUGGAACAUAUCCCGACGUAUACAAAUGCCUAUGUCACGUGCAUUCAAGCUUAUGAAAAACUUCUAGAUUGGAAUAAUGCCGUCAAAACAUGCUGCCUUAUGCGGGAGAACUGUGGUGUAGUAGACGACGAAAAGAUGGAGACACUUAAAUCGCAAAUUGGAGCCACAAUGUUCCAGAUACUGGGUUUGCCAAACUCAGCGAGUCCAAGAGAAAUUAAACAGGCCUUCAACCAGCUUUGUAAACAGUGGCAUCCGGACAAAAUUGGCUUGGACCCGGCGAAUGGAGAUAUCAGGAGACGUGCAAUGAAUCAAUUCAACCGCCUAUAUGAAGCUCGCGAAACACUUUUGGACGAUAGUACACGUUUGUUGGAACAAUCUCGUCCGGAAACUCAAUAUAAGGCACCAGAACCCAUGGUAGACUCAUCUCGCAAAUGCUCGGAGAGCGGUGAACCCAAUUCGUCAAAAAUUGACACUCUCCAAGCACAUCUCUCGAAGCUCAAAGCAGACUCACAGAAUGAUUCGGAUAUUGAUGGUCGUAUACUACAAACGGCGGUUGAUAGGCUCCAGCAGCAGAUUGACCAAAUGUGA